AUGGAUCCAAAUUCAAUUUUCCCAGUAAACCUUGAUUUCCUCGACAAGCGAUAUAAGAACGUGCAUAGGGCUCUGCACUUUCGAUUAAAGGCUGCGACUUCAAGCAAUCCACUUCAUGAAAUGGGUCUGCGACUCAAGCUCUUCAUCUUGACCUUCCUGCUUUCAAUGGUAUUUUCAGAAACCCAAGGUCGUCGCACAAUAGAGAAGCCAGGGCCGUUUGAUAAAUCUGACCACGAUGUAUUUGAAGUCCUUGGAUCGGGAGGUAUCAACAACGGUGCCCUCCAAGUGACCCCGGACUCUGGUGGGGAUUUCGAUCUCUCAAAAAAAUCCGGAAGAAUUAUGCUCAAAGAGAGUUUCAAGAUCCAUGACAAAGUAGCAAGAGUGGCCUCAUUCAACACCACCUUCUUCAUCAACAUCCAAAAUCGUAUCAGUACUUCAAGUCACGGAGAGGGCAUGGCAUUCGUAAUAGCGCCUGAUCUCGUCCUUCCCCCAGGUAGCGAAGGGCAGUACUUGGGCCUUACCAAUGCCGCCACCGACGGAAAGGCCACCAACCGCCUUGUGGCUAUCGAGUUUGACACCUUCAAGCAAGAUUUCGACCCCAACGACAACCACAUCGGUCUCAAUAUCAAUAGCGUAAAGUCAGAACUAAAUGUGUCCUUGUCCGAUUCUGGCAUCCAGCUUGUGCCCGAGGUUGCAAAAAAUUUCACUAUCUGGAUCCAAUACGAUGGACUGAACAAAAUUCUGCAGGUUUUCAUGGUGGGUGAAAAAAAUCCUGGACCUGCCGAGCGGAGACCAAGCGUUCCUGUAAUGACUAAAAAAGAUCUUGACAUUGCAAAAUAUGUGAAUGAACGCUCCUAUUUUGGUUUCGCUGCAUCGACGGGCAGUGCAAUAGAGUUGCAUUGCGUGCUAGGAUGGAAUCUGACGGUGGAGGGGCCACCGGAGGAUGAGGGUCUCGUGAUCGAGGCAAAGAUUGCCUUGGGUGUUGGGGUGGCCUUUUUGGUGAUUCUCUUGGCAGGAUGGUGGAUACAGCGUACUCUGUACGAGAAAUACAAGACGGCCAAUGACCCAACGAUACGGGGGACCCUCCAGUCCCUCCCGGGGACUCCAAGAGAGUUCCGGUACAGGGAUUUGAAGGUGGCCACGGAUAACUUCAAUGAGAAGAACAAAUUAGGACAGGGCGGUUUCGGUGUGGUUUACAAAGGAUUAUUGUCAAAGGACAGCCUGCAGAUUGCUGUAAAGAGAUUCUCCAGGGACAACAUCAAGAGCAAAGAUGAUUUCUUGGCUGAGCUUACAAUCAUCAAUCGGCUGCGCCAUAAACAUCUCGUCAAAUUACUUGGGUGGUGCUACAAGAAUGGGAAGCUUCUGCUGGUGUACGAGUACAUGCCGAAUGGUAGCCUAGACGCGCACAUAUUCUGUGGAGAGGAGAAAGAAACCUUAAGAUGGGACCUCAGAUACCAGAUCAUAUCAGGAGUUGCAUCAGCUUUGCACUAUGUGCACAAUGAAUAUGAACAGAAGGUUGUGCAUAGAGACCUUAAGGCCAGCAACAUCAUGCUUGACUCUAGCUUCAACGCCCGGCUAGGCGAUUUCGGUUUGGCCCGAGCCAUAGAGAAUGGGAAGACCUCCUACGCAGAGCUCGAAGGUGUACCGGGUACUCUUGGGUACAUUGCACCUGAGUGCCUGCACACAGGUAAAGCCACUAGGGAAUCUGACAUCUAUGGCUUUGGAGCAGUGGUUCUUGAGGUUGUGUGCGGCCAGCGACCAUGGACCAAGAUUGGUGGAUUCUGCUUCUUGGUGGAUUGGGUCUGGUCGAUCCAUCGUGAUGGGCGAAUACUCGAGGCAGUUGACGAGAGGCUGAGGGGAGGUUAUGUGGCAGAGGAGGCGGAGCGGCUGCUGCUCUUGGGUCUGGCAUGUUCACACCCAAAUGCAAGCGAGAGACCCAAAACACAGGCCGUUUUGCAGAUUGCUUCAGGAUUGCUGCCAGUGCCAUACGUCCCGCCAUUUAGACCAGCCUUCGUGUGGCCCUCUGCAGGUGCUGUGGAGGAGAACAUUGAUUCAGAAUAUACAGAUGACUCAACCGUCACGAUUUCGCAUUAGGCCAUUGCUCGCUAAGAUUCUUCCUUGAUAAGUGGGUCACAACUCAUACUUUAACGGAGGGUGGCAUCAGUGCAUCACUUAUAUAUUCUAGAGUGUUUGCCUGCACAUUGACAGUAAUUUUAUCUACCAUGUAAAGAAUUCUCUUUCUUUUUUCCUUCAAUAUGCGGUUAGGAUACCGUGAGCUACUGUCUAAUUUUAUUUUCCCCUUUUUAA